AUGUCCCCACAUCCAGAGGCAGCAGGAACGGCCCUGGGGUCCCUCACGUCCCCACAUGAGGACAGGAGAGCCCGAGGUCCCCAUGUCCCCACAGCCAGGAAGGACCUGCGGACCCCAAAUGUAUUCGCGACCCCCGAACAGCCCGUGGUCCUCCUCCGCCUCACAGUCACCACCGAGAGGCAGACAGAGCGGCCCAGCCGGGGGCGCUCCGCCCCACGCAUCUCUAUGGUCACCGCGCUGCGUCUCUAUGGCCGGCCGCUGGAGGACCGCGACGUGACAUCCGGGACAGUGCUGGGGGAGGUGACAGCUGAGGCUGGCACAAGGCUGUGGGCGUGGGGAGCUGCCGGGGUUUGUGCCCGCCUGGAAUCCCGCAGCCGAUGCCGCUGCUGCUCCAUCCCACAGGUGGUGUUCGGGCGCAAGCUCCCGUCCUUCUCCUCCAUCGCCCUGCAGCAGCUGCAGCAUGAGAAGAAGUACGACAUUUACUUCAUGGAUGCUGAGGUUUAUGCGCUGUACAGGAAGCUGCUGCAGCACGAAUGCUCCUUGUGCCCGGAUGCAAAGCCCUUCAACACCUUUGCAGAUCUGGAGCAGCACAUGAGGAAGCAGCACGAGCUCUUCUGCUGCAAACUCUGUGUUAAACACUUAAAGAUCUUCACCUAUGAGAGGAAAUGGUAUUCCAGGAAGGACCUGGCCCGGCACAGGAUCCAUGGGGACCCUGAUGACACCUCCCACCGGGGCCACCCCCUCUGCAAGUUCUGCGACGAGCGCUACCUGGACAACGACGAGCUGCUGAAACACCUGCGCAGGGAUCACUACUUCUGCCACUUCUGUGACUCUGAGGGGGCUCAGGAGUACUACAGUGACUACGAGUACCUGCGGGAGCACUUCAGGGAGAAGCACUUCCUGUGCGAGGAGGGCCGCUGCAGCUCGGAGCAGUUCACGCACGCCUUCCGCACCGAGAUCGACUACAAGGCCCACAAGAGCGCCUGCCACAGCAAGAGCCGCGCCGAGGCGCGCCAGAACCGCCACAUCGACCUGCAGUUCACCUACGCCCCCCGGCACCCGCGCCGCGGCGACGGUGUUGUAGGUGCAGAGGACUACGAGGAGGUUGACAGGUUCAACAGGCAAGGGAGGGCAGGCAGGUUGAGCAGCAGAGGGAACCAGCAGAACAGGAGAGGCAGCUGGAGGUACAAGAGGGAGGAAGAAGACAGGGAUGUUGCAGCAGCAGUCAGGGCAUCUGUGGCAGCCAAACGGCAGGAAGAGAAGAAGAGGGUGGAGGACAAAGAGGAAGGCAGCAGGGGAAGAAAGGAGGAUUUGAGGGAUCCCGAUGUGCUCAGCUCCAAACGUGUGCCAAAGUCUUCAAACGAUGUCACAGAAGCAGCUGCUAAUGGAGCGCUCAGCCAGGACGACUUUCCAGCAAUCGGCUCUGCAGCAGGACCUCUCCAAGGCCCUGCCCAGCCAACACUGGUUAAGCUUAAAGAAGAAGAUUUCCCAAGCUUGUCCUCCUCUGCAGCUCCCACCAUCUCAUCAGGGAUGUCUCUGACAUACACAGCGACUGCCAGGAAGGCAGCCUUCCAGGAGGAGGAUUUCCCAGCCCUGGUGUCCAAAGUGAAGCCCACCAAUAAGACAGUAACCCACAUCACAUCUGCGUGGAACAAUGGUUCCAGUAAAAACGUGGUCAAAGCCAUGAGCAACCCCUGUGUCAACCAGCCAGCCAAAAAACCAUCCUUGAACACCUCCAAAGGAAGCAAGAAGAGCAAUAAACUCUGUGAGUCGGACGACGAGGACGGCGGUGGUGGCCUGACCACCCAGGAGAUCCGCAGCGCCCCCACCAUGUUCGACGUCUCGUCCUUGCUGGCAGCUUCUACCUCACAACCUUUCACAAAAGUGGGCAAGAAGAAGAAGAUGGGGGUUGAGAAGCAGAGCCCAUCAUCCCCACGCCCAUCCCAGGAGACACCAUUGCCCAGGCCAGCGACAGAGAAGCCCCCAGAGGCAGAGCAGCCCUGCAAGGUGUUCCCGGCUGCUCAUGGCCCCGACAGAGCCAUGGCCGUGGUCAAUGGGCACUCAGAGAAACCAACAGCUGGCUGUGCUGCACCCAAAGAGCCCCCUGGCCUUAAAAAGCCCCCAGUGACUAACAAAUGCCCCUUACCUCAGGAAGACUUCCCAGCUCUUGGGAGCUCAGGAUCAGCCAGGAUGCCCCCGCCACCAGGCUUUAACUCCGUGGUGCUGUUGAAGAACCCUCCUCCGCCUCCGGGCCUGUCGGUGCCUGUCAGCAAACCCCCCCCGGGCUUCGCUGUCAUCCCAUCCUCCACCAUCUCUGAACCCGUCACUACAGCUCUGAAAGAGCCAAAAUCCUGUCAUGGAUCAUACUUGAUACCUGAGAACUUCCAGCAGAGGAACAUCCAGCUCAUCCAAUCCAUUAAAGAGUUUCUUCAGAGCGACGAGUCCAAGUUCAAUAAAUUUAAAACUCAUUCUGGGCAGUUCAGGCAGGGGCUGAUCUCUGCAGCUCAGUAUUACAAAAGCUGCCGGGAACUGCUGGGGGAAAACUUCAAGAAGAUUUUCAAGGAGUUGUUAGUGUUGCUGCCAGACACAGCCAAGCAGCAGGAACUGCUCUCUGCUCACAACGACUUCAGGAUCAGGGAGAAACAAAGCUCCAACAAACCCAAAAAGAACAAAAAGAAUGUUUGGCAGACGGACUCCCCUGCUGAGCUCGACUGCUACAUCUGCCCCACGUGCAGGCAGGUGCUGACCCAGCAGGACGUGCUCACCCACAAAGCUUUGCAUAUCGAGGAUGAGGAGUUCCCCUCUCUGCAGGCAAUCAGCAGGAUCAUCAGUUAGCUCUCCCCAGAGCUCUGCCUGGGGAUGUGCACUUUGCAGGGAGGGUUGGCAGUAGCUGGGGGCUGGUGCCCUUGAGGCAGCGAGGAGCUGAUUUGGGAACUGCUCCUGGGCAAAGGGAUCACGGGAAUGUGCCAGAGCUCGUACUCACCCACUGUCUGAGCUCCCAAAUCUGGGCUGGGGUUAGGCUGAGCUGCAGGAGGCAGGCAGGGCUCCUUCCUCCUGGAACAUGCAAUAGCUGGGAAUCCUUUUGGAUCUGCAGAAUGACAGGGGACACAAUAGGGGAAUAAGCUUCUGGUUUGGGGGUUUCUUUCUGGUUUUGGGGUGGGGGAAGUUUAUGGAUCACUGAAAUGAAUGAAAGUGGCUUCCCUUAUAGCAUUCUGAUUUUUUUUGUGCUAUUUCAGUGAAGAU